AUCCAUGCCAGCGAGUAUGACCAUCUUUCCAAGCUUCCCCUCAUCAGUGACUCUGGUGUUAGAAAGUCUCCCCUCCUCCAUUCUGCGGACGACAUGUACACAAAGAGUUACACCAGCACUAUUGGUGUUGACCUCAAGACCUGCACUAUUGAACUCGAAGGCAAGACCGUCAAGCUACAGAUU